AUGGCCUCUACCCGCAGCAUCCGCCGUACUCGUGCUACCGCCGAACCAGAAGCAACAAACACCAGUGAAGAAAACCGUGAAACGCGCACCCCUGCCACUGAAAGUGUGCAACAAGCAUCAACCUCUCCUAUGGAACCAGACUCUGAGCAUAGUUCAGAAGGGGACACCUCUUCUGAAGAUCUGAAUGCAAUUGAGGCCGAGAAGAUAGCUGUGACUAGGAGAAUUAAGAAGUUACAGGCUGAGAAGGAAUUGCGAGAACUCCAACACCGGUGCAAUACUUUACUGCAAGAAUUGGAUGAAACCAUCCCAGCCACCCGAAAUACACUCGAAGCGCAUCCGAACCAUGGUAGAGACGCAACUAGCGUGAAUUGUAACCGCGAAAACGCCACAAGCAUCCUCGGACCACCGGAGCCUACGCUACAAGCGCCCAACACCUUAGUGGAAAGCGCCGUGACUACUGUCAGUGGGAGACGUAGUCGGGUACCACUUUGGCAAUUAGAACUUCGAGAUCCCGGCAUGAGCGGUCACCCUCCUCGGAGAGAUGUGGAAAAGUUCCGAGGCCAAAGCAUGAAAGAAUUUGAAAACUUUGUUACAGCUGCUAUCGCUUUCCAUGCCAGUGAUCUUGAUUAUUACAACGAACACGACCAUCGGAAGGUCAUCGAAGCCGUCACUCAUUUCAAUGUCGAGAUGCAACAACGUUGGUAUCAACAUACACAUGAUAUGCGGAUUUUGCCACCAUGGGAAGAAUUUGUUAGCUGGAUGCAAUGUCAAGUCACCGAUCCAGAUAAAAGUUUCCGAGAUGCAGAUAGACAGUACUGGAAAACAGAGCAACAAGAAGAUCAGACAGUUCAACAAUUUGCUUCACAUUUACAAUCAAUUGAAGGGCGUCUGCGGCAUCCUUAUAGCGAAUACCAUCGGAAAUCACACCUCUACAUGAAAGUUCUACCUUCCAUUCGCCGAGAAUUUGACAAAUAUGCAACCAAACUAGAAGAGUUAAGCUAUGAUGCCACUCUUCACAAACUUGCAAUAGCAGAAUCAAAUCUGCCAGAAAGACGGAAGAAACUUAAAGAGAAGUCAAACUUCAGAAACCCUACUCAAAGCUUUAACAACAGAAAUAAUGCUGUGGAAAUCACUACGCCUAAGAGUCUGCAAAAAGUGCUUGCACUAGUAGACUCUGGGUCAGAAGUGAACUGUGUCGAUGAAUUUUGGGCAAAAGACCACAAUCUAGAAGCUGCUCACCGCAAAACCAAGAUGGUCAAAUCGAUUGAUGGAUGCAUAAUGCGCUCCUUUGGAGAGUAUAACAUUGCAACCACUGUCACUGAUCACAAGGACCCAAAGCAUGCUCCACGCGUAUUCUCGGCUGCAUAUUCGGACUUGCCGACCGGCCUACCCGAUUAUGUUAUGCCAUACGCGCAUAUCUUCUCAGAAGAAGCUGCUAUAAGCGCGCAAAGACCAGAAGAGGCGGAACACCGCAUAGAUCUCGAGCCUGGUGCGCGACCUCCAUUCAUGCCGAUAUACAACCUCUCUGAAACUGAGUUAGCUGCCCUAAGAGAAUAUUUAAAGAAUGCAUUAGACAAAGGGUGGAUACAACCGUCCAGUAGCCCGGCUGGUGCACCAAUUCUCUUUGUCCCCAAGAAAGAUGGUGGACUCCGUCUUUGUGUAGACUAUCGAGGGUUAAAUCGAAUCACCAUCAAGAACCGAUACCCUCUACCUCUAAUAAGUGAAUUACUUGACAGGCUCUCAAAAGCCAAGGUAUUCACUAAGCUGGACCUUCGAGAUGCCUACCACCGCAUACUUAUAGCGGCAAAAGACCGUUGGAAGACAGCCUUUAGAACGAGAUAUGGACAUUUUGAAUAUGUAGUUAUGCCAUUUGGAUUAGCUAAUGCUCCAGCGACAUUUCAAGCAUACAUUAACAAUGCCUUGUCUGAUUUGUUGGAUAUAUGUUGCGUUGUUUAUUUGGACGACAUUCUCAUAUUCUCCAAUUCAAAGCAGGAACAUAAAGUGCAUGUUACUAAGGUGCUAGAACGUCUCGAGCGUGCGAAUCUAUUUGCAAAACUCUCUAAAUGUACAAAUGGUAUUGAGAUGGAGCCAGACAGAGUCUCCACUAUUGUGGAAUGGCCUACACCUAAAUCAAUUAAAGAGGUUCAAUCCUUUUUGGGCUUUGCUAACUUCUAUCGGCGAUUUAUUAAGUCUUUCUCCUCUAUUGCAGCCCCAUUAUUCGAACUUACAAAAGGGAGCAAGAAAGGGGAAAGAAAAGCCACUUUUAUGUGGACAGAAAGUGCCCAAAGCGCUUUCAAUGAGCUCAAAUCGCGCUUUCUGCGUGCUCCUUUAUUAGCUCAUUUUGACCCAGCUCGGCGUAUUCAGAUUGAACCUGAUGCGUCCACUUUUGCAGUCGCUGCUAUCCUGUCACAAUUGCAGGAUGACGGGCACUGGCAUCCAGUUGCCUUCUGGUCAAGAAAGUUGAUUGAUGCGGAAACGCGUUAUGAUACUCAUGAUAAAGAACUCUUGGCUAUUGUAGCAGCAUUUAAGAAUUGGAGACACUAUCUGGAGGGAAGCCAGUAUCCAAUUCAAGUCUGGUCUGAUCAUGCCAAUCUGCAGUACUUUAUGACGACUAAGGAACUGAACAGACGUCAGGCCAGAUGGGCGGAAGCUUUAUCUGCUUAUGAUUUUGUAUUACUGCACCGCCCUGGAUCAAAGAAUCCAGCUGAUGGGCCCAGUCGUCGCGCAGACUACAGUGAGGCCUAUAAUGGCCAAACUAUGUUACCUACCCUGCAACAGAAACUGAAACAUGGAGUUAAGCUAGGCUGGGAAGCUGAUACUUCUUUUCAAAAUGAUAUUUCUUCUGAUGUAGUCUGUGCACGGGUCUCUAAUGAGCAAAAUGCUCCUUUUAAUGAGCGAAAAGCGCUCCAUACGUCGACGUCUUAUACCUCUCGCGUAAACUCUUCCCCUCUGAUGCGCGUUGAGCAAUAUAUGCCCCGGAUUGCAGUCAAUAAGGCUAUUCUUGGGGACUCAGCAUAUACAGAAAUGCCUGAAUCCUUCACCUCAUUUCUGAGUAAAGCACAGAAGAUUGAUUCUUUUGCUGCUGAGCAAAGAGAGAAGGUAAAAGAGAAGGGUAUGACUGUUGCUGAAAAUAUGCUAUGGACAAUUUCUGAGGAUGAUAUAUUGCGUGCUGAUGGUCGCGCAUAUGUCCCUCAACAAAAGGCACUCAUUGAUGAAAUUAUCAGUGCAAACCAUGAUGAUCCGCAGGGGGGUCACUUUGGCUUGCCAGCCUCUACAUUCCUCCACCAAACCUACGAUGCGAUUUUAGUGAUUGUGGAUAUAUAUACCAAGUUUACGAUCUAUAUUCCUUGCACCAAAAACAUUACAGCGGAUGAGCUAGCGGAAAUCGUUUAUACCAAGUUCUAUACAAUUUACGGAGUACCUAAAAACCAUAUAUCCGAUCGAGUUUGUUUACAAUACCUCUCAACAUGCCUCUACUGGAAUGGCACCCGCGGAAGCCUUAAUGGGAUAUCGACCUGA